CACCACUUACCACUAUGCUUGAAAUUGGUGUUGGCAAUCAGUUAUGUGAAAUGCUUGGAUUUAACACUUCUAAUAAUAUAAACAUCAAUUUGGAUAAUCUUGACAAAGAGGAUGAAAGUAUUUAUAAUUUUGGCUCUCAAGAGAUUCAAAGUUGGGGUCAUAUCACUUGCGAUGGUACAGUAGCAAAUCUGGAAUCCAUUUGUAUUUUAUAUAUUGCUCUCAGGGCUACGCGUAAUCUUAAAUUCUAUCCGCUAUCUUUUCGCCUCGCCAUCGAAGAAGGUCAAUUAUCAUUUAUUGGCAAGAAUUUUACUAUUGAAUUAGCCAAUGGUUCGGUGAAGCUUUUUAAGGAUUGUACGACGUGGGAAUUGCUUAAUCUCAAACCGAGCACUUUGUUAAAUAUCCCUGAACGACUUUAUCAAAAGUAUGGAAUUACUUCUCAGUUUUUGCAAGCUUCUCUUAAUGAAUACACCAUUCAGACUGUAGGAAAGGAUUAUCUAGAACAAAAAUUUG